AUGAAAUCCGUUCAAGUCUUUGCCAAGGGCGCGAAUGAACUAGAAGUCAAGAUCCAGGACAUUCCUGUCCCCUCUGCAGAGCCCGACCAGGUCCUGAUCAAGGUCGUUGUGGCCGGCACGAAUCCCAAGGACUGGAAAUAUCCCCUGUUCUUCAAGGAUGCGUCCGGCCUGAACACCGGCGACGACGUGGCCGGAUACGUUGAGGCUGUGGGCUCCGAUGUCACCGAGUUCAAGCCAGGCGACCGUGUUGCCGCCUUCCACCAGAUGGGCAAGCCCUAUGGCGCAUUUGCCGAGUACGCCAUCGCAGGGGAAAAGUCGACCUUCCAUCUCCCCAAGUCAAUCUCUUUCGAAGAAGCUGCCACUAUCCCCCUGGCUGCAAUGACAGCUGCCGUCGGGCUCUUCUCCAGCCUAGGUCUGCCAGAGCCGUGGGUGUCGGUCUCCCAGGCUCGGAAGGAUGCCGAGUCUGGAGGAGUGCUGGUCUAUGGCGCGGCCUCUGCCGUCGGUGCAUUUGCGGUGAAACUCCUGGUACGGUCGAACAUCCAUCCCAUCAUCGCCGUGGCAGGCCGCGGGAUCCCGUUCGUAGAAGGCCUGAUCGAUAAAUCCAAAGGCGAUACCGUCAUUGACUACCGUGGCGGCGAGGCCCAGGUCGUCGCAGGCAUCCGCGAUGCUGUCCCCAAAGGUCAAAGACUAUUGUACGCUUUCGAUGCCGUCAGUGAAAAAGGCAGUCGCCAGCAAAUCUUGAAGGUGCUCGACCCCCACGGCCACGUCACCCUCGUGCUUCCCAGGGGGAAACAUGAAGGUCAGCCUGAGACGGUCCAUGAGACUGUCACCUCCGUUGGUUCGGUCUUUGGACGGCCCAUCGACCUCAGCGAUUUGGGGUAUGCAUGGUUCCGCCUCUUCAGUCUGGGUCUCAAGGAGGGCUGGUUUAAGGGUCAUCCAUAUGAGGUCGUCCCGGGCGGACUGGGAGGUGUGCAGACUGGUUUGGAAAACUUGAAGAAUGGGAAAGCAAGUGCGCUCAAGUAUGUAUAUCGAAUUGAUGACACCGACGGGGUCGAUCGAAGCAAGAUCUGA